AAAGUAGACGCUAAAAAGUCGAGUGAUAAGAUGCGCGAAACAAUCGUCGUUUUGCUUUGUUCAGCAAUUUGUCUUGUCUCCAGCCAUGUGACGAAAGUAGAAGAUCCAUUAUUCUUAACGCCUCUUAUAGAAACCGAAAAAAUCCACGAGGCAAGAGAUUUAGCGCGCGUUCACCAUGCCGAGAUGAGUAACGUCGAAAGUUACGCUGGUUUCUUCACGAUAAAUAAACAGUACAAUUCUAAUACCUUUUUCUGGUAUUUUCCAAGUCAGAACAAUCCCAGGGAUGCUCCACUCCUUUUGUGGUUGACUGGCGGUCCAGGUGUAACAUCUCUGCUGGCCCUUUUUGCCGAAAACGGACCGUUUGUGGUUACGGAAAAUCAGACCUUGGAAUCGAGGGAAUACUCUUGGCAUAUCAACCACAAUAUAGUCUACAUGGAUAAUCCCGUAGGCGCCGGUUACAGCUUUACAGAGAGCGAGUUGGGUUAUGCUCGCAACCACACUACCAUUGGACAAGAUUUGCUGAAAGCCUUGAUACAGUUCUUCAAACUUUUUCCCGAGCUGCGAGAAAACGAUUUCUAUGUCACCGGCGAAUCGUACGGAGGAAAACACGUGCCUGCAGUCUCGCACGCAAUCAAAAUCCAUAAUCAGGUGGCGAAAUAUAAAAUUAAUCUAAAAGGCCUCGCCUAUGGCAACGGAAUAACGGAUUGGGUCAAUCAACUGGUUUACAGUGACUUUUGGCACCUCGUUGGACUUAUUGAUCUCAACGAACGAGAGCAAUUGAAGAAAAUUGAGGAGGAAAUUCGAAUGAUGGUGGAGAAGGAGGAAUACGUAAAAGCCGUGCUACUGUUGGAUACUAUUCGCAAUUCCCUGCACUACACACCAGCGCCGUCAUUUUUGAAGAACGCAACCGGAUUUGAUUAUUAUUACAAUCUUCUGCAAACUAAAGAGCCGAAGGACACUGUGCGUUUCGUCCCGUGGAUUCAGCGUUCUGACGUUCGCAAGGCCUUGCACGUUGGAAAUUUGACCUUUGUUACAGACUCCCAAAAAGUGAAAGAUCACCUGAUUGGCGAUCUGAUCAAGUCUGUGGCACAUCUCGUCGCUGAUCUACUCGAAGACUACAGAGUCCUUAUCUACACUGGACAAUUGGACCUUACCGUACCGUACACAUCGACGGAAAAUUUCGUAAAUAAAUUGAGUUGGUCAGGUGCCAAGGAAUAUCAGACGGCGAUAAAGAAGAAAUGGUGGGUAGCUGGCGAAUUGGCCGGCCACUCAAAAACGGCUAAAAACUUGAACGUCGUGAUGGUGAGAAACGCCGGACACAUCGUACCUGCGGAUCAACCUCUAUGGGCCUGGGAUCUGAUAACACGAUUCACCCAUGGACAGAAAUUUUAAAUUUAAUAAAAUUUCGCACACAUUAAAAAAA